UUUUAUUUUGGCGCCACUACUAUUGGUCGGCAGAGAUUACUGAGGAUAGCCCAACUUUCGAAAAUUGACUCGUUACUGGCCAACCACAAAAGAGAGGAUGCUUAUGCUCUGUAUCCCUGAACAAAUUUUCAGUAUCUUUCUAUUAUUGUGUUCUUUCAGGAUAGGAUUUGUUUCAGUGGAUUGUAUUUUCAGUGAUGAUACAGUUAUAGUGAAACUAAGAGAAACUUCUUUUUUGUCUCUUAUGUGACAAACGAAUGACUGUGCCAAACCAUAAGUAGACAUGAUUUAUUGUUAAUUGAUAUGUGACAUGGAGUUAGUGAAAAUUUGAAGUGUUUAGGUACUCACAGAAAAAAAAAAGGUAGGCAAUUUCCCAAAAAAUGCUUACCAACAGUAGAUCAGCCCGAGUUCCCAAAUGCGCAAGAUGCAGAAAUCACGGAAUGAUAUCUACUCUCAGGGGCCAUAAAAAGCAAUGCAUAUACAAACACUGCAACUGUACUAAAUGCGGUUUAAUCAAAGAAAGACAACGGAUUAUGGCAGCGCAGGUUGCCCUUAAACGUCAACAAGCAGCCGAAGAUGCUAUAGCGCUUCACCUAGCAUCAGCAGAAAGUGGUACAACAUACGAGUACUUGCCUCCGGGUAGAAUUUAUGGAAUGCAAGUUACUUCACCUGAGGCAGAACCUCUGGAUGGCGACGACCCGCCUCAGUCUGAGAAAUUUUCCUCUCCGUCGGAGAAGUUACCUUCUGACGGUGUUAAAGACGAUGUUAAUGUUAGUCCGGCAUCCGUGGAAAUGUUGAGCAAGUUGUUCCCUAAUAAAAAAAGGACGGUCUUGGAAUUGGUUCUGAAAAGAUGCAACCAUGACCUUCUCAAAGCCAUCGAACACUUCAACCUAACCAAGCACAAAUCCGCAAUGUUAUGCGGCAACGAAUCGGAUUCCAGCAGUACAAAAGAUGAACCAUCGUCGUCGUCGGCAUUCAAACCGGUCUCCAACUUUCCAAAAGGCCCUCAGAAACCUUCCUCCAGUUACGUAGGCAUGCACACAGCUACAGUUCCGAUGAUAUCCAGCGAAGUGUUUAGUUUUUAUCCGUUUUUCCCUUUAUUUCCAAAGCCUGCUGUUUUGCGAAAUCCUGUUUAUGUGCCAACCGGAUUUUGUGAUUGCGAUCAGUGUAAACAUAAUUUGUAUAGUUCGACUGCUGCUGUAGAAAAUAGACCUUAGAAUUUUUAGUGCUUUCUGUGCCAAAGAAUUAUCUAUUAUUUAGAUGCUUGUUUUUUCUAUAAUAACAAUGUAAAUACGUAGAAUAUUAGCAUUUGCAAUCCUACUCACUUAAAUUUGAAAAAAAUCUAAACAGAAAUAAAAUGUUGAAUUAAAGUGGAAACUUCUUAGGGGCAUUCAGCUUUUUUGUGGGUACCUACUGAAUGAAACUGAGCCGUGACGCUUGGUUAUGUAACGCUCAUUCGGGUACAGUCGGCUUAAGUCGACUUCAGCGAGAGAGAGAAACAGUAAUUACAUUUUAUUCAAAGUAAUUUUUGACAAUAAUCUUUCUUUCUUCUUGAGUGUAAUUCAAUUCAGUGGCAUAAUUAUGUUAAUGUGACAGAAAUUGUCGUGUUUUAUACAGACAUCAUCUAAAGUUUUUAGUAAAUAGUUUCAUCACAUUUUUUAUUUACCAUAAAGCUAUUAUUUCAUCUUUAAAGUAUGAUACAGAGGACGAUCAAUCUGGGCAAUACAGAACACAAAAAAAACCUUUACUUCAUAUUAUGAAUCUCGUCUAAUUGAAAGUUUUCACUUCUGUCGUGUAGUCUUAAGCACUAAGCAGUAAGCACACACCAUUUUUUUUCAAGUUGGAUUCACUAAAAACCAAAACUCUAGUGAGUAAAGUAUGUCAAAAUAUUAUAUUAGUGCUCGUUAAAUAUUGUGCAAUCUUUUGUUAUUUUUUUGUAUAAUUAUAUAUUAAGGUAAACUUGAAUUCUAAGGCUUGAACCAAUUUAGUUUUUGUCACUUUUGCCUUAAAGAAUUUGAUUAAAUCCCAAUUAGUAAAAGUGAUUAAUGUGCGCUGGUAGAUUAAAUAGAAUAUUAGGGAUAUAAAUAGAAUUAGCCGUAGUAAUACUUGAUUAGAUUUACAACUGAAAUUGGAUCAAAAUGUGCCAAAGACCUAGCCAAAUAAAAAAUAUUAGGUACCUACUAUUCUUUUCAAAAGAAAAAAUGUUUUUUAUUUUUCUUGCAAACUGCGUCCAUAUGCAAUCCGUUCUGUUGCUUUUUGGAGUAGGUAUAGUUCACAAAUCUCGAC